AUGGAUAUAUCUAUUUACGCAGCAGGUGUGGAAGGCAUCGACUCUUUGUCAACGCACCAGAUUGACAACUUCUUUGCCCGGCACAGCCCUGUAACGAAGGAUGACUGCCACAACAUGGCAGAGAUCAUCACCGGGGGCCCAGUCUCUCCCACGCCUGUACAGGGUGAGACUAGCUAUACUGUGGCCGCCGAUAUUGUUCCAGCGAAAGUCAUACAGUUCCGCCAGUUAAUGUUGGAUCUCGACGUCAUCAACCGCGCACGACAAACCUAUCGCAGCUUUGUUCCUAGUUGCGAAGAGCGUAGUAAAUUAGCCCACCUCUACGUAUACGAGAUGGAUCUUGUACCAGGGGUUGCUCUCAGUCGAUUCCAACAUCAGCUUUUUGCCCCGCGAAUGAAACAGCAACUUUUACGAACUGUCCAGGACCUAGCGAGGUUCGUUAACGCAUAUCCCUACAGCCUCGGUUUGCCCGAGCGAUUUCGGCAGAAGCUGGGCGAGAUACGCCAAUCGCUCCCGCUGCUCUUUCGACCCGAGUACAUCAUGGUAAUCAACCAUGAUGAUCUGUUAGAGAUGAACAUUCACGUGGACGAAGAAACGGGACAGAUUACUGGUAUUGUUGACUGGACAGACGCCAAGAUUGCCCCGUUUGGUACGUCGCUUUGGGGCCUCGAAACCCUCUUGGGCAUUCAAACCUCGUCAUCAUGGCUCUUUCAUCCCGAUCACCAUUACUUCCGGCAGAAAUUUUGGGAAACAUUCUAUGGUGUCACUGGGGAGGUGUUGGAUAUCGAUCGGCAGGCGAUCGAAAUUGGGAGAAUGUUUGGUUUGUUUCGUGCCUACGGAUUCAAUGGGGCUCCUGAAAACAAGGAAGCCAAGCCUUUAAAAGAGGGAGAUCACGGGCUCGUGUACCUCGAGGCUCUCUGCCUCCCCUAG